AUGCCUAAACCCAACCACCUUCCUACGAGCAAGCAAGCAUUUGAAGCUUUGGAUUAUGCCGUGGAACACGGAGCGACCUUUUGGAAUAGCGACAAAGUGUUUUUAUCAGUUAAGGGAGCUGUUGAUAGUAACUGUCACCCGCAUGGUGACGAAGAAUUGCUUACCACGAGUAUACAUAAUAUUUUGACUACUCUUCGUAACACUAAAAAGCUGGAUCUUUUUGACGUUGGUUUGAGCGAAGCUUCUGCUACCACCAUUCGCCGUGCCCAUGCCGUUCUUUCGAUAGUUGCCGUCGAAGUGGAAUACUCUUUAUGCAGCCGCGAAAUUGAAGAAAACGAUGUUCUCUCGACUUACAAAGAGUCGAACAUUCCUCUGAUAGCAUACAGUCCCUUGGAUAUGGGUUUACUGACAGACGCCAUGAAGAAGAAGGAAGAAUUAGAACGAUUUACGGCUGCUUUUCCCCCGGUUCAUUGUUUCGACCGUUUUCAACCUGAAACCUUUGAAAAAAAUUUCGAGUGCCUUCAUGCCCUGCAAGCGCUAGCCAAGUCUUACUACCGAACACUUCCUGAAAUGGCGCUCAGUUUUCCGAUUACCAUGGUCGAAGGCAUGGUUAUCCCUAUUCCGGGAGCCACAAAUGUAACUCUUCUUGCACAAAACUUGAACGCGGUUUCUAAGCCUUUAUCAACAGCCCAAAUUAAGGAAAUUUAUGCUGCAUUGGAAAAAUACCCAAUUGCGGCUUACCGCUAUAGUGAACAAUUGCAAUCUAUCCUUCUUGUCUAG